UGCGCAGGUCCAUUCGGGAAUUACUGCCCAGCCGCUGACUAAGUUGCAUUCCUUGAAUCUUCGCAGAAAAGACAAUUCUUUAAUCAGAGUUAGUAAUGUGGACAGUACAAAAUCGAGAGAAUCUGGGGCUUCUCUCUUUCCCUGUGAUGAUUGCCAUGGUCUGUUGUGCACACAGCGCCACUGAAUCCAGCAACAUGUCAUACGUGAAAGAGACGGUGGACAGGUUGCUCAAAGGAUAUGACAUUCGCUUGAGGCCGGACUUUGGAGGGCCCCCCGUGGACGUGGGGAUGCGGAUCGAUGUCGCCAGCAUAGACAUGGUCUCCGAAGUGAACAUGGACUAUACACUCACCAUGUAUUUCCAGCAGUCUUGGAAAGACAAAAGACUUUCUUAUUCUGGAAUCCCACUAAACCUCACCUUAGACAACAGAGUAGCUGACCAACUCUGGGUCCCGGACACCUAUUUUCUGAAUGACAAGAAAUCGUUUGUGCAUGGGGUCACAGUGAAAAAUCGAAUGAUCCGACUUCACCCUGAUGGAACAGUUCUCUAUGGACUCCGGAUCACAACCACAGCUGCAUGUAUGAUGGACCUUCGAAGAUAUCCUCUGGAUGAGCAGAACUGCACCCUGGAGAUCGAAAGUUAUGGCUAUACCACUGACGACAUUGAGUUUUACUGGAAUGGAGGAGAAAAAGCAGUAACUGGAGUUAAUAAAAUUGAGCUUCCUCAGUUUUCAAUUGUUGACUACAAGAUGGUGUCCAAGAAGGUGGAAUUCACAACAGGAGCAUAUCCAAGAUUGUCAUUAAGUUUUCGUCUAAAGAGAAACAUCGGUUACUUCAUUUUACAAACCUAUAUGCCUUCUACACUGAUUACAAUUCUGUCCUGGGUGUCAUUUUGGAUCAAUUAUGAUGCGUCUGCAGCCAGAGUCGCACUAGGAAUCACCACAGUGCUGACAAUGACAACCAUCAGCACUCACCUCAGGGAGACCCUGCCAAAGAUCCCUUAUGUCAAAGCAAUUGAUAUUUAUCUGAUGGGUUGCUUUGUGUUUGUAUUCCUGGCUCUGCUGGAAUAUGCCUUUGUAAAUUACAUCUUUUUUGGUAAAGGCCCUCAGAAAAAGGGAGCAAGCAAACAAGAUCAAAGUGCCAAUGAGAAGAACAAACUGGAGAUGAAUAAAGUUCAGGUUGACGCUCACGGCAACAUUCUCCUCAGCACCCUGGAAAUCAGGAACGAGACCAGCGGCUCUGAAGUGCUCACGGGCGUGAGUGACCCCAAGGCCACCAUGUACUCCUACGACAGCGCCAGCAUCCAGUACCGCAAGCCCAUGAGCAGCCGCGAGGGCUACGGGCGCGCCCUGGACCGGCACGGGGUGCCCAGCAAGGGGCGCAUCCGCCGGCGCGCCUCCCAGCUCAAAGUCAAAAUCCCCGACUUGACUGAUGUCAAUUCCAUCGACAAGUGGUCCCGAAUGUUCUUCCCCAUCACCUUUUCCCUUUUUAACGUCGUUUAUUGGCUUUAUUACGUACACUAAGGUCUGUCUUAAAGGUUCAAUUUAGACUACUUUCCUCUUCUCUUGGUUUUUAACCCCGCAGGUCCCCAACAGCGACAUCGCUGUGUCUUCUGAGGUAAGAGAUGCAGCCAUCCCACUGAGUUUAGGUCUUGCGUACCGACUUUAUUACUGCACCGUGUUUACUUCAAGAAAAACAAAACAAAACCAACAACAACUGUUUUUUUCCAGUCUACUGUGGUCCAGGUUAUCAGCUCUUGAAAGAGCUCUAUUAAUUGCCAUGUUUACAAACAAAGACAAAGAGAGCAGUUAGAUAGGUAGAUCUUUAGCAGUCUUUCCUAGUUGCCCUGGAUUUUAUUGAUUUAUUUUUAAAUGCAAACAAAAAGAGGACCUUGCUGUCCCUCUGCACUACUUCCUGGUAACCUGAAACAAUCUCAUGCUGCUAAAACAACAACAACAACAACAAACAAACAAAAAAAAAAAACUAAAAAACACAACAAAACAAAGAAACUACUACAGCCACAAUUUCCAGGAUCUCAGAAGAAAAAACAAAAGCCAUUGAUAAUUACAGAUUUCCAGGAAGAGGGGAAAACCAAAGGGAGCUUCCUAGGAAAGUAAGGAAGGUUCCUUUUGUUCUUAAGUUCCCCAGAACCCCUUGUGGAAGGGCUGCUCAGUUCCAUGGAAGUGGAGGGAGGAUUUGAUAAGGGCUGGUCAUGGCUGCUCGCACUCAACCUCGGUCUUUCCCUCACCAGAAGGCUGGAUUUCCUUAGAAAUGCUUCUUUUUCAGAAGUCCACACAGAUGUACAAUGAACAUUAGAAUGUAGUCUGGCAAAACUGACAGCCAUUGAGAACAUUUUUCUUCUCCUCUUGAGAAUGAAGUGUUGGGACAGAGGGAUGUCAACCCUGACUGAAAAUUUCCAUGAGCAGCCCUGAAUUCAUCUUAUGAGUCUGGAAUCCUUUGAGGUUGGGCUAUGAAGCCAUCCUAUGACAUUUCCACAGUUCCUUCUCCAGAGAGAUAAACGAUAUGUGGGAUAAGGCAGGGAAGACUUUGAAGGAGGGGAUGGAAAGCAAUUUUUGCUUAAGAAAAAAGUUGCCCUUUUGGUAAGGAAGGCAAAAUGUAUGUGCUGUGGAAGGGGGUCUGGGAAGUUAUCUAAACGGCCAAAUCUUAAAUAGUGUAUAUUCCUUAGCCUUCCAGAGAGCAGUAGCUAAUGGUGACAAGCUCAUCACACAGGUGUCAACGGAUACAUGAUGGCUCUGCUCGCUGAGCUCCACAUUCCAAGCUCUGGAAUGAAUGAUUGGGGAAAUGUAUACUCACCCAUAUGGGUACUGUUCGCCUCCAAAGCCAGAAAACUUCUGAGGUAGCAAAACCAGAUAAAAAUAACAGCAAUGAUAAAAGCAGUGGGCUUUCAAACAUGUGCACCAGCCCCCAAGCAUGUGGAUCCUGUCUACACUCAUAAUCACUAUCAUUCUUGCUCUGCCUUAUCUCUGCUCAUGUAUUACUCUGGGUUCUGGUUCACAUGACCUUCAAUAGUGCAACACAUUUCUAAACAUGUCCAACCAGCUACAGUUGAAAUUUUUCCAAUUUUAUGUCAUUUAAAUCUAUUUUUUUUCAGUUUGCCUAUCUAAAACUUCUGUAUAUUCAUUUGCAAGGUUGAGUGAUAGCCCUACUUUGACCAACCAGUGAGAGAGGUGAUUUGGCACCUGAUCCAUGAAUGUAAGACAGGGUUGAGGUAUUAAUAGGGAAAGUUGUCUCAUUUGAUGAGCUGACUUUCUCCCUAAAUCUGUGGGAAGGAUUUAUGUAUAGAAUAACAUAAACUACUGGAAAUUAUAGUCAUAAUUGGAGAGAUAAAGCUAAAUUCCUACAGGCGGGCCCAGAGAGAGUUGAAAUAUUCUUUCAGAAAGAAGAGAAAAGUAAAUAGGGAUGGCUGCAUAAUGUACAUUAGUAAGAAUAUGAAAACUCCACUUUAACUAGAAAAAUGAUCUCAAUGGUUUCAUCAGGAAUUAGUAGAGUUAUGAGGACCAGGUCUUUAUUUAGGUUUUCAGUUGUGUGAACACACUUCCAUGGUCAAAGUAAUACCUAGCCCGUGGGUAAGAAGACAUCUAUUUUGAAAUUCUGUUCAGUUCUUUUGCAGGGUGAGAUGCUUUGCCAUUGUAAAAUGCUCUAACAAGACAGAAUGUGGCCAUGUCAGUAAUUGUAAGGUUAAUAAUCCUAGUGAUCAUCCAAGAACCACUGUGUAGCCAUUUAUUUUAAACAUAGGAAGAAACAUUUCUGACUGGUGCCUAACAGAAACGAAUAAUUCUGAUGUCAAAGCUCUUUAAAGCACUUUUAGUGAUGAAAUGUUAAAUCAGAAAGUAAGUAUCCGUAAUCUAUGCUCCUUAAAAAAACAAUUUCUCUUUAUCUGCUUAGAUCAUUCUUCUUGGAAAAGAUUGAGGUAAUUUGUAUUUUCAUUAUUAUCUCUAUCUUACAUUGAAAAAUCUGAAGUAUUUUUUCCUGUAGUUUUACAUGUAAAAUAUCUUCUGAAAACAAGAGAGAGAAUAUUUUGAGCUCUUGUAUUUUAACCUUUGUAAAAUGUAAAAUUACAACUGAAGCUACCCACAGGACACAAAGUGGUAUCCUCAUCCAGGCAGUAGAGAGAUCACAGCCCCUAUUAUGAAUAUUUUAUCAAACAGCUCUAAUUUUAGAGGCAAUAGCAAACAGGUGAAUGGAGACAUUUCCAUGCUCAUGAUUAAUGACCUCUGUUCCCACUUCCUUCUUUUGCACACUUUCCAGACCAAUCUUUUCCACCUUGGCUCUCCUCUUGGCUAAAUUCUCCCCUUCUAGGUUGAACAAAGCAUGGGAAAAAAUCCUCCCUUCUCUGGCUGUCUCCCUUGUCUUGCCCCAGUUGGUGUACAUAAAACAUAAUAGUUGUGAAACAUCCUUAAAUGCCCUCAUACCAGCCCCUAUUCUUGAAAGUUUCCGAUUACUACAUUAUACAAAGGUUACUAUUUAAUUACUCUUAGAUUGUUUUCUUUUUGCCAUGAAAAGAGCCAUUACCCCCUAUAUUACUUAAGUGGCAGAAGAGGUUGAAAAACUCCACAGCCUCACUCUCAGGCCACAGUCAUGUCCCAGGAACCCCACACUCACAGUUCAUCAACUGUGACACGGACUGUAGAUUUAAUGUGUGCAGAUGCAGCAGAAACCCCAUCUUUCACUUGACAAUGAGGACUACACACUCAUUCCUUCUAUUCACAUUCCUUGUCUUAAAAUUCGCAGAGAUGACAUGGACGUUAUGCUUACCAACUAUGUGAAUCAAAGACCCAGGUAAAGACUUAUUUGUGCUUGAAUUAUCCAGAAUUAUUGCUUCCAUCCUCUCUAUCACCAAAAAGAAAUAGCAGCCUGGUCAGUACUUCUGCCUGCUGACAUCCUGUGUUUCUAUACUCGCCAUUUUUACUGUGCAUUACAGCCAAUGAGGGUUCUCGAAAAUGCAAACAAAAAUACGGUGCGGAGCUUAAAUUUGAUUUAAGGGUCCAAGAACAGGCUUUCCUUUUUAAAAGCAUUAUGCACAAUACAUAGAAAUAUGAACUAAAUUCCAUCUUUCUAAAAAUCAAUGACUAUUUUAUAAAUAUUCAUUUAGGAAAGAGCUCAACUAUGAUCUGCCAAGUUAAACAAACAAAAAAAGAUGUAUAUAAAAUGCUUCUGGAAGGAAGUGAUCUCCAGAAUUUCUUCUAUGGACAAUUUUGAGUAGUAUCUUAACAAACAGUGAUGUGUCACCAUUUCUUUUCCUAAAUAAAAUAUACUCAUAUGUCCCACAAGGGAGGCAAAAGGAAAGCGCAAGCAUGAGCUCAAGCUGCUUCACACCAUCAGGGUGCUGGGAUGAAGAAAGCCACAGAAUAAACAAGAAUACGUUUCCUGAAAGCCAGCAGAAAGCAAAGGCAUUUGUUAAUGGAAACAGAGUGUAGAUUAUGGUGUAAACUUCCUUGUAAAUUCUGUACAUAGUUCAUUGAACCGUUCCCUGUGGCGUGGUGGUCCUCGGCUUUGGGUGGAUGUUUGAAAAAUCUGAACAUUGUAAAUAACGUCAGCUUAUAAAGCAUUUGUUUUUAUUCAUGAAGUGAAAUGACUAGUGAUUUGGGCCCAAACCACAACCUUUUCAGCUCUUGCUCUUUUUCUGCCGUUGUGUGUGUGCAGUUGUGUAACCCUGCUGUAAGCCAUAGCCAGGUAUCUGUGGUCACUGCCUCAUGCUCCUACGCCACUGUAAGGAACAGCAGCUGCCAGAGGCCGCAAGCCUGCAGGACCCAGGAACAGCGCACCAGCAGAAACGGAAACUGGGCCCAGCUGCUCCUGGAACCAUGUUGUGAAAAGUAGAUGUGUUCCUAUCAGUCACUUGUGGCUAUUCAUACCUUCAGAUACUAAAUUAUCCAUGCCAUUGAGGGGUCAGGAAUGGAAGAGAUGCUUAAAAUUCACAGGUGAUCCAAAGCUUCCUUUGUGCCAAUAGCUUUAGCUUCUACCUUUUCUACCAUGUUUUCCACAACUUUUCAAUAAGAAUAAGAAUGAACAAAAGGGAUGACUUGAUCCCUUCAAAUGACCAAAAUUGUAGAAAGGAGCAAAGGACAGUAUAGUAAAUGGCCUUAUUGCACUAACUGGCUGACUGAUUUCCAAAAUAUCCAGAGGAUCUUUGCCAUUAUUGUUUAAAGAUACAGAAAAGAACAGUAUUGGUAUAAACUGACUGGUAAUUAAAAAUGACAAGGAUUCUUUCAACUGAGGGCAGUUGCUAGUUAAACUUUAUUAAAAACUGCCUGGUAAUUUAAUAUUCUGAAAUAUAUUUUCUCCUAGUACUGAUAUUUCUGAAAGAAUCUACAGAAUGUGGGAUAGUGUACCAUAAGAUGUGUUUCCAUGAAAAUUGGCAGUCCCAGAAGGAGUGAGGGUAUCUACAGAAAUUCAGACUAUCCAAGCAAUUGGGACAGAAACUGGCUUAUUAGUAUUAUGUUAAAAAGAACAGUGCUCUCCUCAAUGUAAGGCAUUAGUAAGAUAAGGCCUAGGAGUGUAUACACAGGGAACCACUAUUGUUCCAAAAUGUAUCUAUAGGGUUUACCAUCAAGUGAAUUUUUUAAAAAAUACCUUAUUUGAAGUAAUGAGAUUGGUCAAUUUCUAGUUCCAGAACACAUUUUGCUUUUAUUUUAAACAAACUUUUUUUAGAUAAUUGAAGUCAACUAAACUAAUAGAAAACUUAAUUGCUGAAGGCUACAAUUACACAAACAAGCAUUUGAAAGGAAUUAUUUUCAGCAAAAGAAUUGCAAACCAGAAAACAAUAAGUUCCUAGAAAGGUAAAGGUGAAGAGUUUUGUGUUUCUUUUACUUUUUUUAAUACCAAGAAUUUCCAUUUGUAUUUAAGGGGUCUAAGAAUUGUUUGUUUGGGUUAUGUUUGAUUCUUUUUGUUCUUUUUGAUAAUUAAAACACUUAUUGGUAUGUCAGAGGAUUCAGUUAUUUCUGAUUAAUCUCUAGACCCUUUGCAUAUCCUGGACUCAUCACUAAAGCUAAAGUAGAAUCAAUGUGGGAAAACUAGAUACAUUUCUGAACCACUUGAGAAAGAAAAGCAUUCUCUUGUACACUCCACUUGCACUUCCUGUCCUAGAGACAAUCAAAAAGUAAAUAAAUAGAUAAAAGAGAGAGCAAAUAGCAUUAUUCAUUUGCCUUAGGAAUACAGGGUCAUAGCUUUAGUGGCUUAAAAGAGUCCCAUUCAAAAGCCAAAGUGUGAACCAGAGCAACCAGCAUUGCUGCCUGGCUCUUGCUUCUUCCUGGAUUUUCUUUAAAGAGAAUCAGGGAAGAAGAGACAUUCCCAGUGUAAUUUUUAUACAUGCAAAUUAUUAAACUCUGAUAUGUGUGUGUACUUUGCAAUUUUGGUUUGUGCAAAUUAGAUGAUCUCUUCUGUCUUCAUUCCUUCCUCCAUCCUGCCUCAUGUUAACCCACUACAGUUGAUUUAAUUUUCCUCUCUCAUUUCCAAACUUCAAAAGUUAUCUUGCCCUUAAACAGCUGAAAGCCUUGACUUCUGAGACAAGUAUCAGGUAUCUUCAGUUUAACUCACAAAAUGAUGAAUUUUAGUAAUUUUUCUACUUCCUACUCAAUAGAGGCUUUUAAAGGUCUUCAGAGGGAAGUUAUGUAGUCAUAGCAGUCCCCACUGAACUGCCUUAGGCUGUUUUUAUUUUCUGUUUCUCUGUUCCUUAUGUAAAAAGUACAUGUGCCUACAUAAACCUUCUCUCAUCUUAUUUCAGAAUACAGUGCAAAUGAAAUCAUUAGGUCAACCUGUGAAAAUUUACAUUAUUGAACCAAAAUUUGAAAACAAGGUCAUCUUCUGCAUAUAAUGUGAUGAAUACACUCUGCACUAGUCCUUCUCCAUCAGACUUAUCUACCCAUGCUUCCAGUCUUGACUUGCACCAUUUGAAAAUUUAUUAUUAUUCCUCCUAGAAGAACUUAUCAUUCAAGCAGCAUACCACUGGUGACAGGCAAUCCUUUAGGAACUGGGCCCACUUUAACCUUUCUGUACCUUAUUCCUACUACAAAUUUCUACUUCUAUGUAUGAUUUUACUCACUCCUCCUCAGCCUCCUAAAGAUGUUAAAUAUAGUUGCCAAUGGGAUAGGUACUAAUGCAGCCUGUCUAAAUUACCACCAUCAAAUUAUGUAGAACACC